AUGCAGUGUGCCGACACCCCAAUGCAAACCCAAACAAACAUCACGUUGCUCCAAGCAGAAGCCGACGAUGACAGUGAAAGCUAUUUCCGACUUCUGAUCAACGGGUCAGUCAGGUAUAUCACAAUUGCUCAAGGCAUUUGGAGCACGGGUGAUAUGUGCUUCGGUCCAUCUCUAGCCUCGAUUCUCCCCGAUAUUCCUCCAGGCGAUUGGAACGAUGGACUAGUGACCAAACACCCAGAAACUGGCAAGCCAUACUUUGCACGCGCCACUCGGACCUCGUUUCUUGGAGUUGGGAAUACGUGGCACAACACCUUUGUUGAUUAUUUGGAUCUUGGAGAGAGCAGGAGACUUCGAACGGGCAUUUACGAAGUCAAAUGUUCCCGAUUUGAAGAACCUGUCGUCGUCAAGUUUGCUCGAUUUGAUUGGGAAAUCGGAUACUUGGAGGGGGAAACUGCUGCCUACCAGUUGAUUGAGGGUCAUGAUAUCGGUCCCCGGUUCUUGGGACAUGUCACUGAAGAUGGCCGUGUUAUUGGUCUUUUGAUGGAGCGUAUCACCAAUGCACGGCAUGCUGGGCCUCAGGACCUUGCUAUUUGUCAGGGGACUCUCACUCGGUUACAUGCUUUAGGGAUUAAGCAUGGUGAUGUGAAUCGGUUCAAUUUUCUGAUUCGCGACUCGAAAGCUAUUUUGAUUGAUUUUGAUACGGCUCGCAAGUGCGAUGAUUUUAGGUCACUUGAUCAAGAGUUUCGAGGUUUACAAGAAGUGCUGGAAUCUUCGUCGAGCAGGGGCGGCGGGGGUCAUCUUUGUUAG